CUUUGCCAAACAGGUAGUGUGCAUGAGGAAGUCAAGAUACACACAAAUGUGCCGUGGAUUUCUAUUAUCUGAAUAAGUGUGGCAUACAGUGAGAAUUAUAGCUUCAUGAGAAGAAGAAAUUCUUGAAUACAUGUUGUGCUACUGGAAUAGAUGAAGACGGGGUUUUAUUUUCUGUUCUUCUGCUUCAUAUACAAAAACUUUGGUUAUGGUUGUGAACAGUUUUCAAGGCAAAAUGUGACAUUUCAGUCAGUGAAUUUUGAAUUCAUUUUGCAAUGGAGCAGACAGGAUAUGAAAGAAGAUGUAGUAUUUAGCGUCCAAUAUAAGAGGUAUGGAGACAAAGAAUGGUCCAUAAAGCACGAGUGCAUAAAUAUCAGCAGACCGUUCUGUAAUCUCACAAAUGAGAUUGCUGGGGAUAUAGAUGAGCUAGUGGAGAAUGAAUACUAUGGUCGUGUUAGGGCAUCAUCCAAGAACUGCCUUUCUGAAUGGGUCAUGUCAGAAAGGUUGUACCCAAGGGAGCACACUCAUAUUGGUCGGCCAGAGUUACAAUAUGUGAAGGAUGUCAACUCCAUAACGAUAUUUGUUAACACUCCUUACAUUCCAGUGAAAAAUAAAGAUGGCAAACCACAGAGUAUGCAAGAUCUGUACCAUGAUAAGUUUUUUGAAUAUCAUGUUAGCCUAUCGAUUCUGGAGAAACAUGGCAUGUGGCUAAAAACACAGGCUGACAACACAUUUAAAGUAACUGGGUUGAAGCCAAAUACAAAAUAUAACGGAAGUGUCUACAUCUUGAUAGAAAAUGCAAGGAAAAGUGACAUAAAUAAUUUUGUGGUUCAAACUCUUCCAGACCCUUCCUUAUUCACACUGAUUUUAUGUGGAUUUGUAGUCUCAUUGUUUUUCUUGAUUACAUUACUGAUGUACCUCAGUUACGAAUAUGUCAAGAUAAAUGGAAACCAAAUGCCAGACUCAUUGGCACUUUCAAACACACAAGCCAUCCAUCCAACAAAACCACGGAAUGAUUACCAUUUCUGUAGCCUCUCAUAUGAUACACUUAAUCCCAAAAAGUUCCCUGUUGAUAAAAUGGAACCAAAUGAUCUACAGAAACCAGAGGAAUUAGCCUACAAAACUCAGUUCCAGGCUACAACCAGAAAUGUUGAUUCCAUACUUCCAAAGAACUCAUACUGCUCCCAACAAAGUGUUGAUUAUGGGGUGGUUGAAGAGAGGAUGGUUAAUAAGACAAAUCAUCAAGCCAAAACAUGCAAUUUUAAUAACCCUUUCCCUUCUGAUUAUUCUAAUCAAAUGGACCACCGUUUCUUGCAGACAACACUUACAAAUGGCAAUGAUGGAAACCAAAAGGUGACAGAUAAACUGAGAGAUACUACAGAGUCUUCCAUAGCCCCACUAAUGCUCUGGCAUGAUGGAAAAGAAGAUAAACGCUUAAGCAGAUACAAGAGGUCCCUUAUACACACAGUCAUUGUGCAGAAUAUUGUGCUGGAUUUAGAAGAACCAAAGGAACAUGCUGAGGAUCGAUCAAUGUUGUCACAAGAUUCAACCAAUUACAAUGAAGCAACAGAAGUAACAGAGCAUGCCAUUUUGCCCAAUGCUAAUACAUCAUAUACAUUCCAAUGUCCUUUCAAAAACACACAGACUGACCUACAGGAAAGGCUAAUGGUUUGCCAGCAACCCUACAGAAUGCAACACUGCCAUGUUUCCAAAACUUAAAAAAGGUUUAAUAAACAUAUCAUAUUCAUUAUAUGUUAUAUUAUCAUAUUCGUUCAACAGUGAACAGACAGUUCACCAGAGGAGAACACCACAGCUGACUACUCACUAGUGCACAGGUUGACCUGAUACCUGUGGGUUAGGCAUGUUUUCCGGAGCCUAACUACAGAAAAAGCAGACCCUGUGGUUGCAGGGGGGCCCAGUGAGACUCUAAUUAAUGAGAACGUUUUAAUAUAUCUUGGUAGACUAGGCCAAAGUAUUAAUAUUUUGGGACCCUAAAUUGAAUUUGCUGUGGGGCCCAUUAAAAUCUAGUCAUGCUGGGCUGGCAAAUUUAUCCCUUUGGUUUGUAGCAGGCAGGUGGCAGGCCAUAGUUAUCUGAGGACAAUUUUAAUAGGAUUUUAUAGGAUUGUCUGUGGAGCAACAUAAUGGCCCACAUAACAUUCCGGACUGUAUCUUUUAAAUGUAUAUGUUGCAACAAUUACUGUUAUUCUAAUUUUAGAGCACACCAUAAAGCAGUUGUACAUACAAAGAAAUGUAUUUAUAUAUGGACAUCUAUUCAAACAGCAUCCAUCCCCCUAGUGGGAAAUUCCUCUAUAGUCUAGUGCCCAAAAUACAUUUGGUAGAGGAGUUGAUCACUGAAAUAUGAAGUUUUAAUGUUUUGUAGAUAUAAUUCUUAAACACACUGCAAUUUAAAAAAAAAAAAAGGAAUAUCUUUAUAGUAUUGUAAGAAUCGACUGUUUUUGUUCUGCAGUUAUUAGGCAGAACAGUGAUACUGCUUUCAAGGGUUUAAUUACCCUAACAGCAAGGGAACAGUUUUGAAAUCAAAGUGGCAGAUGGAUGGAUAGCCGAGUAAAAGCAGUAAACAAAUAAGAAUAUCUGUUUUUUGGAUCCCAGAGUGGCCCCCAGCAACAUACAGCAUUUUCAGCUGCAUGCAGAAAAUAAAAAUGUAAAUCUGAAAUUCCACCUCUGCGCUGCUAUUGGCUAUCAGUAAUUAAAUUAACUCAUCAAUGUCACAUCCUACUUGUGGCAAUGAGAAGUUCCUUGAGUAGCCCUUGGCCCAAGAUUGAUGUCUGGAAAUGCAUUGGUGCAAUGACAUUACUGGGAAGUGAUCUAGGCAAGCCCUAGCAUUUGGAAUGCAGCUGUCUAGCAAUGACGAUCAAUAUGUUUCACAACCCUAUAAUGCUACUGAAAGUAAAAUAGGCCAAAAAUAAUUAUCAGUAGAACCUGAUAGUUUACUCUCAACACAGACAUAACAAUGCCACUUAAUUACUGCAUCACCCAAAGUUAUACAGUUAAUUGUGGCUAUUGUUGGAAGUAUAGUGAUGUGUGUUGUAACCAGGGGAUUAACCACCGUUUGGGUGGCUUUGGGUUAAAAUUUGGCCAACUAUUGUUGGCUAGGGUUGGGUGUUUGUCACACUCCCGCAGAUUGCCUGUUUUGGGAGGCACAAACAGAAAUAGUGCACAGAGGGAGAAGACAUUGGUACGGUUUGGGUGUGGAUCCUACAAAGGCAACAUUUGGUGGGUUAGGGUUGAGUGCAGGUUAAGGUUUUGUGGUUUAGGGUCGAGUGUGGGUUGAGUUUUUCCUGACCUGCAUAUCACGAAUAGCCAGGCCCAGAACAAUCUUGAGGGGAAAAGUUGCAUGUGUGAGGAGGUAAGAGGAGCCUCUGAAGUGUUGAUUUUAUACUGUAUAAAAGAUUAGACUUAAAAUGUCUGGCUUCCAGUGCUCAGGUGCUGUACCUUGACAUCCCUGUGAGAAGCUGUUUAAAAGUAAAAAAAGUUAAAAUAAAGUCUCUUUUUGUUCAUCACA